UCGCGUUUAAAGCUUGGUAGCAACAAAAUGGCGGCGACUCUGUCAACAACUGCUGCACAGCACGUCGCAAGCCUUUCGAAAGAACAAGGGAAGCAGUGCCUCUUAAAACAUUUAGGAUGGCAGCCCUUCAAUGCAGAGUUGGCCAUGCGCCAAGACAUCCAUUUGGAUUUCCUAUACGAGUGUCUUAUGUUCACAGUCGAGAAAGGCUUCCCGUGGGACCAGGUGUGUGCUGCAGUAGACUUCUCUGAACAGCUGUUACAGGAAUCUAUAGGAAAAAGUCUUCCAGAAACAUUGGAAAUAUUCCAAGAAAUAUCAGAUGAUUUGGUAUUUAUUUUAGCUACAAGAAAUUACAAAAUCUAUGCAGAACAUGUUUUUUUAACAUUUAUGCGGCAUUACAAACUAUUCCAAUAUGUAUUUGCACAUGAUCGUGAAAGUCAAGUUCCAAAUGUCCCACUAGAGAUUCAUACACCCCCAUCAUCAUGCUCUGAAGCUUUAAAGACAGCUAAAGAAAAACGAAUCUGGGAAUAUAAUCAGAAGUAUGAGGCAGUGGAACAGCGGGAACGAGAAUGCGCUGAACGGAGGGCUGCCAAGCGUGAGACACAGGCUGUCGAGGCCGGUCAACAGAAGGAGCAGGUCGUAGAGAAAAUUUCAGAAAAUCAACAACAGCAGCCAUUGAAUAAAGAGAAAGUAGGGGAAAUCAUCCGAGAGGUGUUGCAGGCUCACACCAGUGCUAUUGUGGAGAAGAUGAAAAGCAACAUUAGUGACAUGAAAGAAGACCUGGAGCUGAAGCUGGAGAAGACUAGUAUUCCUCGUCCUCCAAACAUGGGCCAACCUCCAAGAUUCAACACGAAGCCGAAAACACCAGCAGUGACUCCGGUGAGGAAACCUAAAAGUCCUAAAGAAGACCGCAAAAAGUCUGGAGGGUCAAGUAGAAGCAGGAGUAGGGCCUCUAAGUCUUGAUAAGAUCUCCAAUAAUAACAGUCAUUUCUGUUGUUCUUGUGCAGUCAAGAAAUUCUGUGAUAGAUACUGCAAUACAGACAUUUUAUGUUAUUUACCAGUGUACUUGGUGUGAUAAUUCAAAUCAUAUUUCAUUCAUUAAGUAAACAAAAAUCUUUGAUACAUAUACCUAUUAUUUACAAGCUUGUUCAAACGAGCUACAGAACAGUCUGGAUUGAGUGUUUUCCAGUAAAUAAGUUCGAAGGUUAUUUACUCACAUGUCCAGAGAUAUAGGUAGUGUGUACAUACUCAUCGAUUGGAGUUAUUGUUAUGGUGUAAUACAAUACCAGUAUUUAUGGACGACUUAUUUUCCUGUGGUUACACGUCAUGCUGACACUAUAUUACAUAAACAUCAACAUUUACACUCAUUUGAAACAUCUGCUGUAAAAAAUUUAUUUCAGUGUGGAAGUCCGUGCUGUCAUUUUAUAAUCAGUCGAAGGUGUCAUAUGUUAAUAAUUAUGACUCAUAGAAUUUGCAAGUUGGAAGCAACAUUUAUGAUUCACAGUAUAUAAAAAAUUACAUAUUUUGAAUAAUUUACUAACCAACUUAUAUAAAAUGUAACACAAAACUUCACAAAGUUCAUGCUGAUUUGUUCUACAAGAAUUCGAAGAACUUUAUAAUGUUGAUGCUUUUUGAAUUCCGAGAAAUAAUUAUAAGUUUUCUAUGUUUUUAUGGACAUAUGAUAUAUGUUUACUUUAGUUCCCUACAUGCAACACAUACUGUCUGGAUUGUGUGUUUCUAAACAUUGUUAAAAUGUGAGGUGUGCGAGUGGUAUUGAAAGUUGCAAUUUACUGUUCGACAUUGCAAAUCGGUCUUUUUUGUGAUAAUUUGUUAGAAAUGUUUCUGAUAUUGUUAUAUAAUUGUAUAAAGAUGUGUUAUAAAUAAAACCUUCUUUCAUAUACAUACCUGUAAAAACA